CCACAAGCUGCCUACCUGCUAUAGGACAAGGACUGUAUCCAUUGCGCUGCUCUGCUCUCCAUAAGCUCACACUCUGCUGUACUGCUGAAAUAGCCACUGGGCUAGUCCAUGGCUGCCAGUUGGUUGCGCUCUUCUCAAUAUCUCCACUGGCAACUCAGCUACACAGACUUGCGACGGCUCAGAGGACGAGACUUGGCAUUACUGGAGCCAUGGGAGUACAAAGUUGUACAGAUACACCUAUUUGGUGCGCUACGAGAGCUUGCUAUCCGUCUCCAGCUACGACAACAGCCAAUUGCUACAGCGAUGGUGUACAUGCUUCGGUUCUACACACGCGCCUCCCUCGUGGAAACAGAUCCCUAUAUCGUCAUUGCAGCGUGUCUCUACCUCGCUUGCAAAGUCGAAGAAUGUCCCCAGCACAUCCGUACCAUUGCACAAGAAUGUCAAAAAUGCUGGGCAAACAGCCAAUCCAAUGUAUCGAAAUGGCAAGACGGCAAAGCUGCAGGGGAUGCUGAACGGAUUGCAGAGAUGGAGUUUUACCUCAUUGAUGAGAUGGAAACCAGAUUGAUUGUGCAUCAUCCGUAUCGCGUCGUGGAUACCGUUGCACAAAGAAUCAAGUUGCCGGGUGCAUUGCACGAGCAUGCGAGGAUGUGGUGCAACGAAGCGUACGGCUGCGACAUACCGUUACUCUUCUCGCCCGUCGUCUUGGCCUUCGCGGCACUUUGCAUGGCUGUCUGUACGGACCUUGGGAGGAUCAAGGACAGCAAAGUUGCUCCCGACUUUGGCGCCGCAGAACAAGACGCGGCCAUGAGGGAAAUCAUCAAAUUCAUGUCUGAACCAUCCAAUGGAAUACGCACGCCAGACGUGAUUUCAUGCAAUCAAAUGCUCAUCACGCACCAUCAUGUCGACAAAGCAAUUGCAUUUGGAACAGCACCCAUCCCACCGACUGAUGCGAUACCAAGUCCACUUACUGGCGACUGGAGUGCUAGAGCGCUCUUGAAGCGCAUGCAAGGCGAAGAAAUGGCGCGCAUUCGCAAGGAGACGCUACCAAACAACCUGCUGAAUCUUGCACGACCGUCCACUCGACAGCAGCAGUCACGUUGAUCGUGUCAACAAAGCUUUUAUUGUACCAUUACCCCCUCACAUGACCCAUUACAUUAAUAGACUCGACGUCAUGCACUUUUUGGAUUCUCAUCAUUGCGCGAGCGACGCAGUUCUUGUAGUAACUGCUCCAAGCACCCUUCCAUCCGUUCAAUACGACUCGCAUACUGAUCCACCCGAGCCAGCAACACGCGGGACACUAAUCCAUCUUCGCCCGUCCCCAACUCUGUCCCCUCGUCGUCGGUCGCCCCGGGCCGUUCUCGAUCCAUUCGCAAGAUGUCGUUGGCUGUAGCCGGCCGACGCGUUCUACCCGAGCCAGUGCCUGAACCUUGUCCCAGAUCUAUAGAUGACCGCGUUGCUGCAUUACGGCGCCCCAAUGAUGUUUCAUGCAUAGCAAGUUGU